AUGCCGCCCAAGAGCCAGCGGGAUCUGUCGGGGUACCAGUACUCGGCGCUCUCGUCGCUGGUGCUCUCCUCGGGCCGGCGGCCUGGGGAGAAUGAGCCGACCGGUGAGGCGGAGACGCUUGUCGGGCGCAUCGACCCGAAGGCGAUGGGCUCGCGCGUCGCGCGGCAGCCGGUGGCCGACCUCGAGAAGAAGAAGCGCAAAGCCGCCGAAAACGACGAGCUGGGCGGCGCGCGCAAGGCGCGUGCAGGUGCGACAGAGUACGCGAAUGUGCUGCAGGCGAGCGCGGAGCUCGAUGGGCUGCGCUACAUUCCGCGCACGGACGAGACGCGUGGCGUCUACGAGCUGAUUCUCGCCCUGAUCCACACCGCGCUCGGCGACCAGGCGAGCGAGGUGGUGCGCAGCGCGGCGGAUACGGUGCUCGAAAUCCUCAAGGACGAAAAUAUGAAGGACCUCGACAAGAAGCGCGAGACCGAGUCGAUUCUCGGGUCCGUGUCCGAGGAGACCUUUGCGCAGCUCGUCAACCUCGGCAAGCGCAUCACGGACUACGAGGAGGAGCAGGUGCAGGAAGACGGCGGCGCAGUCGAGAACGAUACCGGCGUCGCCGUCCUCUUUGAAAACGAGGACGAGGAGGAGGAGGACGACGAAGAGACGUUUGUCGUCCGCGAGGCCUCGGACGAGGAGCAGGAGGAAGAGCAGGACGAGGAGCAGGAGACACAGGACGACGCACUGCGCAUUGGCGAGCGCGCCGCGGCCAAGGACGGCGCAGUAUCGCCGCACGACGUCGACGCGUUCUGGCUCCAGCGCCAGCUCGCCCAGUUCUAUCCCGACGCGUACGAAGCGAACGAAAAGGCGGACGCCACAUUCGAGGUGCUUGGCGCGAAUGCCGACGUGCGCGAGCUCGAAAACAGCCUGAUGGACCUGUUCAACUAUACCAACUUUGACCUCGUGCAGCUCCUCACGAAAAACCGCGACGUGGUCCUCUGGUGCACGCGCCUCGCCCGUGCGGACGAGGAGUCGCGCAUCGACGUCGAGGUCGGCAUGCGCGAAAGCGGCGCGGGGUGGAUCCUCAAGGCGCUCGCGGGCGACGCCCGGGGCGGCCACGACGACCUCGAGCAGGCCAAGCGCGACGCGCAGCGCAUGACGUCGCGUGCGACGCUCGCGCCGGGUUCGACCGCGCAGCCGCGGGGGACGGUUGACCUCGAGGCGAUGGCGUUCUCCGAGGGCGGCCACUUGAACUCGAACCCCAAGGUGCGCCUUCCCCCGGGCUCGUUCAAGCGCAGCAAGAAGGGGUACGAAGAGAUCCACAUUCCGGCCCCGGAAAAGAAACUCGUGCCUGCGUCGGACCUCGUCGCGAUCCGCGACCUCCCAGAGUGGGCGCAGGCCGCCUUCCCUGGUGCCACGUCGCUCAACCCUGUACAGAGCAAGUGCUAUCCGGUGGCAUUUGAGAGCGACGAGCCGAUGCUGCUCUGUGCGCCGACGGGCGCGGGCAAGACCAACGUCGCGAUGCUCACGAUCCUGCACGAGCUCGGCAAGCACCGCCACGGCGACGAGAUCGACCUCGACGCGUUCAAGAUUGUGUACGUCGCGCCGAUGAAGGCGCUCGUCGCGGAGCAGGCGGCCAACUUCCGCGAGCGCCUCGGGCCGUUUGGCGUGGUCGUCAACGAACUCACGGGCGACAGCCAGCUGACCAAGGCGCAGAUCGCCGAGACGCAGGUGAUUGUCACCACGCCGGAAAAGUGGGACGUGAUCAGCCGCAAGAGCACCGACACGUCGUACACGAACCUCGUGCGUCUGCUGAUUGUCGACGAGAUCCAUCUCCUGCACGACGACCGUGGGCCGGUGCUCGAGGCGAUUAUCGCACGCACAAUCCGGCGCAUGGAGCAGCUCAGCGAGCCGGUGCGCAUUGUCGGCCUGAGCGCGACGCUGCCCAACUACCGCGACGUGGCCGCGUUCCUGCGUGUGAACCCGGACUCGGGCCUCUUGUACUUUGAGGGCAACUACCGCCCGUGCCCGCUUCGCCAAGAGUACAUCGGCAUCACCGAGAGCAAGGCGAUCAAGCGCCUCCAGGUCAUGAACGAGGUCACGUACGAAAAGACGCUCGAACACGCAGGCAAGAACCAGCUCCUGAUCUUUACGCACUCGCGCAAAGAGACCGCCAAGACCGCCAAGUACAUCCGCGACCGCGCAAUGGAGAGCGAGACGCUCGGCCAGUUCCUCCCGCAGUCGUCCGCCUCGCGCGAGAUUCUCCAGUCGGAGCUCGAGAAUGUCCAGGACGCGAACCUGAAGGACGUGCUCCCGUACGGCUUUGGCAUCCACCACGCCGGCAUGAGCCGCCCGGACCGCCAGCUCGUCGAGGACCUGUUUGCCGACGGCCACAUCCAGGUGCUCGUGUCUACGGCGACGCUCGCGUGGGGCGUGAAUCUGCCUGCGCACACGGUCAUUAUCAAGGGCACGCAGAUUUACAACCCCGAAAAGAGCCGCUGGUGCGAGCUGUCGCCCCAGGACAUGCUCCAGAUGCUCGGCCGUGCGGGCCGCCCACAGUUUGACACGGUCGGCGAGGGAAUCAUUAUCACGACGCACAACGAGCUGCAGUACUACCUGUCGCUGCUGAACCAGCAGCUGCCGAUCGAGUCGCAGUUCGUCUCGCGCCUCGCCGACAACCUCAACGCCGAGAUCGUCCUCGGGACGAUCCGCAACCGCGACGAGGCGGUCGCCUGGCUGGGGUACACGUACUUGUACGUGCGCAUGCUCCGCUCCCCGGCCCUGUACAGCGUCCCGGCCGACUUUUCCGAGGACGAUCCGUUCCUGGAGCAAAAGCGCGCCGACAUUGUACACUCGGCGGCCGUGCUCCUCGAAAAGGCGGGGCUGCUCAAGUAUGAGCGCCGCACCGGCCUCUUUACCUCUAACGAGCUUGCGCGCAUCGCUGCGCACUACUACCUCACGCACACGAGCAUGGGCACGUACCACAAGCACAUCAAGAGCCACAUCGGCAUGAUCGAACUGCUGCGUGUCUUUGCGUUCUCGGACGAGUUCAAGCACCAGGUCGCGCGCCAGGACGAAAAGCUCGAGGUGAGCAAGAUGCUCGAGCGCGUGCCGAUUCCCGUGAAGGAGUCGCUCGAGGAGCCGAGCGCCAAGAUCAACGUCCUGCUCCAGGCGUACAUCUCGCAGCUCUCGCUCGACGGGUACGCGCUCGCGGCGGACAUGGUGUACGUCACGCAGUCCGCCGGGCGUAUUCUGCGCGCACUGGUCGAGAUCUGCAUUAUCCGCGGCUAUGCGCGCGUCGCGCGCCUCGCGCUCGACCUCGCCAAGAUGGUCGAGCACCGCCAGUGGAACUCGAUGACGCCGCUGCGCCAGUUCAAGGGCGUGCCGUCGGACCUCGUGCGCCGCCUCGAGCGCAAAGAGUUUCCGUUUGCGCGCCUGCGCGACCUCGAGCCGAACGAGAUUGGCGAGCUGAUCGGUAUUCCCAAGGCGGGCCGACUCGUGCACCGCCUCGUGCACCAGUUCCCCCGCCUGGAGCUUGCGGCGUACUUCCAGCCGCUUACGCGCUCGCUGCUGCAGGUGCACCUCACCAUCACGCCCGACUUUCAGUGGGACGAGCGUGUGCACGGUGGCGCACAGAGCUUCUGGCUCCUGGUGGAAGACGUGGACGGAGACACGAUCCUGUUCUACGACCAGUUUGUGCUCCUGCGCAAGUACGCCGAGGAGGAGCACACGGUCUCGUUCACCGUGCCGCUCACCGAUCCUGUGCCGCCGAACUAUUACGUGACGCUGAUCAGUGACCGCUGGCUGCAGAGCGAAGUUCGCCUCCCGAUCUCGUUCAAGCACCUGAUCCUCCCUGAAAAGUUUAGCGCGCCGACGCCGCUGCUCGACCUGCAGCCGAAGCCGGUCGCGGCGCUCGGCCAGGAGGCAUCGCUGUACGAGUACGAGUACAUGAACAAGAUCCAGACGCAGGCAUUCCACGCGCUGUACGAAACGGACGCGAGCGUGCUCAUUGGCGCGCCGACGGGUGCGGGCAAGACGUUCUGUGCGGAGCUUGCGCUCCUGCGCCUCUUCCGCACGUCCAACGGCCGCGCCGUGUGUGUCGUGCCGUACGAGGCGAUGGUCGCGCCGCGCGUCGCCGCAUGGCAGGCGCGUUUCGGCCAGCUGAACGGCGGAAAAGAGAUUGUCGCGCUCACCGGCGAGACGACGACGAACCUGCGUCUGCUGGAGCUGGCGGAUAUCGUGGUGUGCACGCCGGAACAGUGGGAUGUGCUCUCGCGCCGCUGGCGGCAGCGCAAGAAUGUGCAGAGCGUCGCUCUGUACAUCUUUGACGACCUGCAGCUGCUCGGCGACGAGCGCGUCGGGCCGACGUACGAGGUGGUGUGCUCGCGUGCGCGCUUCAUUGCCGCGCAGCUCGAGGCGCCCACGCGCAUGAUCGGCCUGGCCGUGUCCUUGGCGAAUGGUGGCGAUGUGGGCGAGUGGCUGGGUGCAGAAAAGAGCAACAUCUUCAACUUUGCGCCGAGCGCACGCCCGGUGCCGAUGGAGGUGCAUCUGCAGACCUUUGCGAUCCCCCACUUUGCGUCGCUGAUGAUUGCCAUGGCCAAGCCCGCGUACCUCGCGAUUGUCGAGUACGCCCCGACGCAGCCCACGCUUAUCUUUGUGCCGACGCGCAAGCAGGCGAAGCUCACCGUGAACGAUAUCCUGAUGUAUGCGCAGGCGGAUACCGACGGCGAGCCGCGCUUCCUCAACAUGGAUGAGGAGCACCUGCGCCCCCACCUGGAGCGUAUCCAGGAUGCGGAGCUCGCCGAAUGCGUCGCGCAAGGCAUUGCCUUUUAUCACGAGGGCCUCUCGCGGAGCGACCAGCGCAUCGUCGAGCGUCUCUUUACCGCCGGCGCCAUUCAGGUGAUGGUCGCGAGCAAAGAGACGGUGUGGAGCCUGCCGGUGACGGCGCACCUUGUCCUCCUCCUGUCGCUGCAGACGUACGAAGGCAAGGAGCACCGCUACAUCGACUACCCCCUGACCGACAUGCUCCAGAUGGUCGGCAAGUGCACGCAGCCCGGCGAGGACGGCAGCAGCCGCUGCAUGCUCUUCUGCCAGGCGAACCGCAAGGAGUACUUUAAAAAGUUCCUCGCCGAGGGCCUCCCGCUCGAGAGCAAGCUCAACGCGUAUACCCAAGACUUUUUGAAUGCGGAGAUUGUCGCGCGCACCGUCGAAGACAAGCAAGCGGCGGUCGACAUUCUGACGUGGACGCUGAUGUACCGCCGCCUGCAAAAGAACCCCCAGGCGUACGGGUGCCAGGGCCGCGACAUGCAGCAGAUCGGCGACUUCCUCUCGGAGCUGGUCGAGACGACGCUCGGCGAGCUCGAGACAAGCAAGUGCAUUGCGAUUGAGGACGAGAUGGACGUCAGCCCGCUGAACCUGGGUAUGAUUGCGUCGUUCUACAACGUUUCGUACGCAACGAUCGACGUCUUCCACCUCUCGCUCACCGGCCAGACCAAGCUGCGUGGCAUGCUCGAGAUCGUCGCGGCCGCCGCCGAGUUUGAGGACGUGCCGAUUCGCCACCACGAAGAUGUGCUGCUGCGCCGCAUCUACGACCGCGUACCGCUGAAGCUCGACCGCAUCAACUUUGCGAGUCCGUUCCACAAGACGUUCAUCCUGCUGCAGGCGCACUUUUCGCGCCUCGCGCUCCCCGCGGACCUUGCGUCGGACCAGCGCCUGAUUCUGCAGCGCGUCCUCACGCUGCUCAAUGCCUGCGUCGACGUGAUGAGCUCGGGUGCGCUGCUGAAUGCGAUUGUCGCCAUGGAGCUGAGCCACAUGUGUGUGCAGGCCGUGUGGGACCGCGACUCGCCGCUGCGCCAAGUGCCGCACUUUACCCAGGCGACGAUCGAGCGUUGCAGGGCCAAAGGCAUCGACGACGUGUUUGCGCUCAGCGAUGCGCUGCCCGACAUGAGCGCGUCCGAGCGCGAGGCGCUUCUUCAGCUCGACAAGCGCCAGAUGGCCGACGUCGCGAAGCUCACGAACGAGUUCCCCUACAUUGAGAUCUCGUUCGAGAUUGAGGAGCAGGGCGCGCUCGACUCUGCGACGCCGAUCGUGCUCCACGCGACGCUCGAGCGCGACGCGGACGAGGACGAGGAGCCGGAUAUCACGGCGAUUGCUCCCUACUUCCCUACGAAGAAGCUCACUGCCUGGUGGCUUGUCGUGGGCGACCCCGGCACGCGCUCGCUGCUGAGCAUCAAGCGCGUGACGAUCGCACGCACGCAGCAGGUACGCCUCGAGUUCACGCUGCCUGCCGGCACGCACGACCGUCUCAAGCUCUAUCUGAUGUGUGACAGCUAUGUCGGUGCGGACCGCGAGCUUGCGAUCGAGCCGCUGCAAGUCGCCCAAGGCGAAGAAGAGGACGACGACGAGGAGGAGAUGGAGGAGGAGUAG